AUGGGCAUCUGUUGUUCAUAAUAGCCAGGAGGAUUUAUUUAAAAUGUUGAGUUCAGAUAAUUUGAACCAGAAUAAGUUCCUACAUUAGUUCCAUAACAAAUAAACUUUGAAGAACAUGAGGAAGAGAUUAUAACAAUCCAAAAAUCAAUAAGGAAGAAAAAAGCUAAAAAAGUAGCUGCUUAGAUGAAGGAAGAGGCUGAAAGAGAAAAACCAGGGGAUGCUUGGAUAUAAAGUAAAGAGCCUAAGACUUUGGAAUAGAAUGUUUAAAUAACAUAUAAUAAGUUGGGUAAGUUUAAGUUUGAGAAAUAGUUGCCUUAAGAAUUUAAUGAAUGUCGAUUUUUUAUGCCUCAUGUAUUUAAAAUGUUAUAAUUUAGGAACAUAAAAAAAACACUGGAAAUAUUUAUGUAGGUUAGUGGUUAUAGAGAUUGAGGCAUGGCAGAGGAAAAUAGUAUUUUGCAGAUGGCUCAAUCUAUGAAGGCUAUUGGAAAUUUGAUUAAGCUAAUGGAAGAGGCAGAAUUAUUCAUUCAAAUGGUAAUGCAUAUGAUGGGGAAUGGAAAAAUAAUUCUGCAAAUGGUUAUGGUAUAUUUUAUGAAUUUGAUGGUUCUCAAUAUUAAGGAGAAUGGUUGCUAGAUUAAAAGGUUAAUAUAAUAUUUAUAGUAGCAUGGUUAAGGAAAAGAGAUUUUAAAUGAUGGCAGCCAAUUUGAAGGGAUUUUUAAAGAAGGAAAAAAGUAGGGUAAAGGUAUUGCAAAAUUCCCUAAUGGUGAUAUAUAUAAUGGAUAAUUUGAGAAUGAUUAAAUUACAGGUUUCGGUGAAUUGAUAUUUGCUGAUGGAAGACGUUACAAAGGACAUUUUAAGGAUGGUAAAAUGCAUGGUAAAGGUCAUUUUAUAUGGCCUGAUGGUAGAGAAUAUGAAGGUUAAUAUUACAAUGAUCUUAAACAUGGUGAGGGAGAAUUUAAAUGGGCAGAUGGAUCAAAAUAUAUUGGAUAGUUUCGAGAAGGAAAAUAACAUGGCAAAGGAGUAUUUAUUGAUAAAAAUGGGUAAUAAUGUGGAAGUUAAUGGAGUGAAGGUAAGGAAAAAAGAUAAAAAAGUGAAUAGUGAUUAGGA